GACACCCGAAUCGCGGGAAAUUGAACUGUGUCGUUUGCCCGUGAAUUAUUUCGUUCGCCAUCGUCAAAAUAGGGCGGCUAUUGGCUUGUAAACUGGAGCAAAGGGCGGGGGAAUGCUUCAGGAAAAGAAAUCAUAAGGCUUCACAGGGUCAGGUGAAAUCACAGGUAUUUGAGUCCAUACCUCAUCCAUCCUUUGAGCGAGGUAAUACUUCAAACUAGAUGUAACUUUCUCCCUGACGUAAGGUUUCUAUUUUAAGAAGUUCAGAAAUGGAAGAUCCAGCCAGCAUGUGGAACUCCAAUACAUCAGGAAAAUUCCAGGGAAAGGAUUUCAAGUGGAAAAAGAAGAAAGGUCAUUGGCAUGCUGCGAAGGUUCAAACAAAAGAUGGAGUCAAGAUCAAAGAAUUUGCGUAUGACCCCAAAAGGAAGCCACACAAGUUUCACAGGAAUCGGCCGCAAAGAUUUCCAGGACGCAAACCGCUGGAUCCAUCGCUACAGCAAAAAUACAGCAGAGGAGGAGGCGUUGAGACCAAUUAUGUUCGAAAUCCAAAACACAGGGUUAUGAAAGCCAAACUGAUGAAGAGGGAAGCAAGAAUAAAGGAAGCUGAAGAGGAAACAGCUCGAGCUGAAAUCCUUUUAACAGAAUCAAUGGGUGCUAUGGAGACAGAAGAAGGAUCAUACACAGCAAAUGUCACUCAGAGAGACAUUAGGAGUUCUGUUGAUAUUACCACAGCAGCAAAAGGCUUUGAUCUCGUUCUGAAUGAUUUUGGGCCUUAUAAAAUGCAUUUCACCCGUAAUGGUCGACACUUGUUAUUAGGUGGCCGUAAAGGCCACUUAGCAGCAUUUGACUGGAUCACGAAAAAGCUACAUUUUGAAAUAAAUGUAAUGGAGUCAAUUCAUGAUGUAUGCUGGCUUCACACAGAACACAUGAUGGCUGUAGCACAGAAGAAGUGGGUCUAUAUGUAUGACAAUCAAGGAAUUGAGUUACAUUGUCUGAAAAAGCUAGCUCACAUCCAUAAAUUGGAGUACUUGCCAUACCACUUCUUACUUUGUAGUGCAGGAGAGACUGGAUUUCUGAAUUGGCUCGAUAUAAGUUUGGGCCAAGAAUUAUUAACAGUUCAAACACACAAAGGAAGACUGGAAGUCAUGCGGCAGAAUCCCUACAACGCAGUUAUAUGUUGCGGUCAUUCAAAUGGUACUGUGACGAUGUGGACACCUAAUACAAAACAGGCAGUAGCCUCGGUUCUUUGCCAUCCCAGUCCUGUUCGUGCCAUAGAGUUUGAUCCAGCUGGCAGGCACUUUGUAACUGCUGGAGUUAACCGGGAAUUGAAGAUUUGGGAUGCACGUAAUCUUGGAGAUUGUAUGUAUACUUAUAAAAUUCGCAUGGGCGCGUCAACACUAGCCUUUUCUCAGAAACAGAUGCUUGCUGUUGGUAUGGGAAAUGUUGUUGAGGUCUAUGACAAAGUAACUACAGGAGGUUUUUCUUGGCCAUACAUGCACUAUGAUUGCAACAAUUCAGUCUUUGGUAUGCAGUAUUGUCCAUAUGAAGAUAUCCUUGGAGUGUCUACGUAUAGAGGCUACUCAAGUCUGAUUAUACCUGGUGCUGGAGAACCUAACUUUGAUGCUUUAGAAGCAAACCCGUACUUGACCUCAAGUGGACGCAGAGAAGCAGAGGUGAAAUCCCUUCUUGGAAAGGUGCCUUACGAGCUCAUUACUUUGGAUCCCAGUAGCAUCGCGCAGGUUGAUGUACCAACAUUGGAGGAGAAAUUAGAAGCAAAGAAAGCUUUGAAGUAUGUGCGUGUGCCAAAAUUGGACGUGCAGCCUCGUUACCGAAUGAAAGGAAAGAGUGGCUCUGCUCAGAAAUUCAAACGGAAGCAGAAGACGGUUGAUAUUAAGAAACGUGAAUAUAUCAAGAAUGCGGUUAUUGUUAGAGAUGAGUUAGGUUUAAAAGAACAGAAACAGACAAAGCCCAAAAAGUCAUUUGGUCUUCUUGAUCGCUUUCACACUAAAGUGCAGAAAUAAUAGAAGGAAUGUAAGUUUACUAAAAAUAUAUGUUUUUUGGUA